UAUAGAUGAUAAAUAAUAAUACAUAUUAUCACCUAAUGUUUUUUGUCAACCUAACAUAAGCUACAAGUUGUACACUUCUGUUUGCUAUGUAUGGCCUGUAACGUUAGGCCUCAUUGACACUACGAUUUUGAGUAUACAUUAAAAAGCAUAACGUUUAUGUAUGAAUUAGUUUGUUUCGCUAUGACGUUACAACAUACUCAGAGGAACAACAGAGGAUAUAUGGAAGACAAGGCUGAGUAACAUGUCCCGCUUGCCAAUCCGUCCAAGCAAGAGGGACCUGCCGACGAGCAGCAGCAGCAGCUCAGAGAAUGGACAAGACUUUGCGCCUGCUCAGAAGAAGAUUCGCAAAGACCCUGAGCCUGUCAAACCACAUGCAGCAGCUACGAUCAUCGGUGGCCGGCGGAAUCCUGUUGCAGCCACCAGAGCACCCAUUUCAAGGCCAGUCAGAGGUGUGGGCGCUGCCACCGUGGCUGUUGGUCCUUCCAGAGGUGUCCUGAAACAAUCUAUAGCUUCAACUGCAGCAAAGGGAGGCAACGUGAAACAAACUGCUGCACCCACAUGCCCCAAAACAGGUGGGGUCGGGGGCCCCAAGCGUCAAGCAUGGGACCUGAAGGGCAAGUUCAGCGACAUGGAGGGUAAGGUCCGUAACUACCAGACCAAGGUCAAAGCUACCAACCAGGAGAAUGAGGCGCUGAAAGAAACGAUGGUCCAGAGUCAGUCAAGAGUGGUUGAAAUGGAGAAAACUCUUGCUCGGCAGAAGAGCCAGAUCAGUGAGUAUGAGGCGGAGCUGCAGGCAUUGUCAGGAGUGCGGGAUGAGUUGGAGAUGGUGUCCAGUGAUAAGAGCACUCUUGAAAAGGAGCUCUCCAACUUGGAGAGCAAACACAAGGUCAUGGAGACUGUGCGGGACAGCCAGGAGAUAGAGCUGCAAACUCUCAAGAAAACUCUGGCCCGCCUCCAGGUGACCGUCAGAGACCAGGAGGAAGAGGUCUGCUCUCUCAAAGACACUGUGGUCCAGCAGAAGGACGAGCUUCAUGCCGGGGAGAUGGAUCGCAGGCGGCUCCACAAUGACAUCCAGGAGCUCAAGGGCAACAUUAGGGUCUUUUGCAGGGUGCGCCCUCUGGUGGAGGGAGGCCUGAGCAAGCACAUUCAGCUAGCGGCCAGCGACAACAAGACGAUAACGCUGGCUAAAACAGAGGAGUCUCACACAGGCAAAACUGCUGACACUCAGAAGAAUUACAACUUCAAUUUUGACCGCGUGUUUGGCCCCCAGUCUUUGCAACAGGAGGUCUUCGAAGAGAUCUCGCUGCUGGUGCAGUCCGCAUUGGACGGCUACAACGUCUGCUGCUUUGCUUAUGGCCAGACGGGUAGCGGGAAGACCUACACCAUGGAGGGAGACGAGUGUGACGAGUCCAGAGGCGUCAUUCCCAGAGCCGUGAAGCAAAUCUUCAGAGCAGCAGAGAAACUAGGGGCAAAGGGCUGGGAGUUCACCUUCACGGCGAGCUUUGUGGAAAUUUACAACGAGACGCUGCAAGACCUCCUUUACUCUGGCAAGGCUAGGAAGGGGCUCGAGAUCCGAAAGUCCACCAACAACGAGGUGACGAUCACCAACCUCACGUACGAAAGGGUCUGCAACGAGGAUCAGGUUCUAGGCCUCAUCAUGUUGGCCAAUCGGAAUCGCUCCACGGCCCAGACAGCCCAGAACGACCGCUCCUCUCGCUCCCAUUCAGUGUUCCAGCUGGAUAUCGAGGGCGUAAACGUCGGCCGGGAUGUCAAGUGCAAGUCCACUCUGUGCCUGGUGGACUUGGCCGGCAGCGAGCGAAUGCUGAAGAGUCAGUCUCAGGGAGAGCGCUUUAAGGAGAUGACCGCCAUCAACGGCUCCCUGUCCAACCUCGGCAUAGUCAUCACCGCGCUGGCCAACAAGGAGAGCCAUGUUCCGUACAGGAACUCCAAGCUGACCUAUCUGCUGCAGGGGUGCUUGGGAGGAAACAGCAAAACCCUGAUGUUUGUGAACAUCGCCCCCGAGCCGGACAGCUUUGGAGAAACCCUAAAUUCCUUGAGGUUCGCAAGCAAGGUCAACGACUGUGUGAUUGGGACUGCAAAUGCCAACAGGAAGUAGAGCGAAGUGCUUGGAGGGAAAAAAAACGUCUUUCUAUUUUUACCAUUAUUUAUGGUGACACAUGACUUUUGGCUUGUACUUUGUGCUGUUUGGGAACAUUAUGGUGCAAGUCAGUAAGACGGGGCUCGAGGGUUGCCAGGUUGCCAUUCUUCAAUUAAUUCUUCACACCUUUUGAACGUAUAUAUGAAAUAGAGACCGCAAACCGAGCACCUGUAAAUAAAAACAACCCCAAAGUCAGACCCGGAACCAGGUGAUGUUUGUUUGGUUUUGCCGACGGAUUGUUUGCCGUCAGGUUUCCGAACAGUCUGCUGAGCGGCCACAACAAGUCUGUUCAAUGAUGAACCGGCGACUUGCUGGACUCGUUUCUGAGGGAUCUGUGAAGAACGUGACAACGGCUGCACCACCGCUCUUUAUCCACCAGGAAUGAACGGAGAACACUUUAAGUCCUGUAACGUAUCAGAUAAAACACAAACCAUAGAGUUUUGAUUGGUUACGGUAAUAAAGCUUUUAUUCUUUUAUGCCACAUUUGAAUUAUUACUGCAUAGUAUCUUAAUUACUCAAAAUAUAAGGUGACUGUAUAGCAAACAUAGUUUCUGUUUUGGGAACAAAAAGCUGAUGCCUGGUUACCGGCCUGGCAGCCACUUUUAAACGUUAUUAACCAAAAACUGAAAUGCUUUUGUAUAAUCUCAUGCUUUCAUUAGUGAUCACCAAUACAGGCUUUGCAACAUUUAUUCAAGUGGAUAUGUAUAGAUGCAUGUUUCUAGUCUUUUUUUUAAAUACAUAUACGUCUCUCAAGGUUUCUUGAUUUAUGAGAAGAUUUAUUAAUAAGAGGACCCGGUUUUUGUUUUAUUUUUUUCAAAUUUAAAUGUGUUUUUUGUAUAACUUGCAUAAUAGUUGCAAAGAAAUGUAGUGUUCUUAAUUGAAUAAAGACAGUCAUUAGAUGGGCUACUUAUAUUCCCUGUGCUGCUUUACGUUUAUUACUUAUGCGUUUUGCCAAUGCUUUCCGAAACUUAAAGCAUGUUUAUAUUAAA